AUGUCGGGCGUCGAAGAGAGUGUUCCGUCCUCUGGCACUGGCGGUGGAGAUUUCUCCUCUAACAGCGCCGGUAGUAGUGUUUGCAGCGUUUCAUCGCCGGGUCCAACCUCCGUCUCCCUUCCCUGCUCCAUUUGUGGCGACCGAGCAAAUGGCAGACAUUAUGGCGCAGUGGCCUGCGAGGGUUGCAAGGGCUUCUUCAAGCGGUCUAUACGGAAAAACAUCAAGUACGUGUGUCGCGAAGGUGAAAACUGUCAAAUGAGCAUACGCCAACGCAAUCGUUGUCAGCACUGCCGAUUUCGCAGAUGCUUGCUCGAAGGCAUGCGGGCAGAAGCUGUUCAAGAACAGAAGAAAAAGUCCGUUACGGGCUGUUCUGCGGAUACCAACAACAACAGCAGCAGCGGCAGCUGGUUAAAUGACGAGGAAGCAACCGAUGGAGGCUCUUCUCAAAUGCGCGCUAGUGGACAGUGGACCGAUGGUCCCCGAACUACACCGGUUUCUGCUGGCUUUCUCACCUUCAAUCCCAAUUCGACAGUAACCGCGUCGGUCUCGAACGCCGACACCGUCCAUCUGGCCGACAACCUCAGCCAGAUUCAUUUGGCUGAGGUCUUUGUUCUGGAGUCUGAUCCCCUCCUGCAGUCAGUUGCCUGCGAGGACGCCCCGUACCUCCUCACGGAUGAGAACACCUACCUUGAAUCGCCUCUGCGGCCCGAGGAUGUGCACGAGACGGUGAUCAAUCUCAUUCUAUGGUCCAGAAAGAUACCAUGGUUCUCCAAGUUUCCAGAAGCUGAUCAACUUCGUCUUCUCAAAGCUAGUUGCAUCGAACUGUUUGUGGCCCAUUUCGCCUACCGAAUCUCCCUCUCCGGCAGCCCCGCCACCUCCAAGUCCGGCCGUGUUCCCCCACCAGCGACACCUCCGCUGACCACGUGCUCCCAAAUGGCACGACUAUCCAAUCUCCCGGCUGCCACAAUGGCCACCCUUUCUGGCGUCUUGGCCGACCAGUACUGUCUGACCUCUGAAACUCGU